GUGUCCCCUUUUGACUGGAAAUUCCCGUGUGGAUGUGCGCAUUAAUUACUGGUUUAAUGGGAGUAUGACUAAAAAUGUAAAAGAAGGAUUAGGAGAGGGGAACGCAGGCCUACGUCCGGUCGGUCUGCUCGCUCGCCUCACUUAAGAUGCUGAAUGGAAAAAAAAAAAAAUCUGUCUGUAUCUCAGGAAACGGAUCUAUAAAGAACAUUUGCAUCCGAGCCAGCUGUUCACUUCAUCUGCACAUAAAUCCGCUCCACCAUAGGUCUGUCUGGCCCUGAAGCAGCCUGAUGCAUCAAUUUCCAUCACCUCUAUAAUACUCUGUUUUGCAGAUAUGUUAAAUUAUAGAAUGAUCAUGUGUGAAAUGGCCCUUAAAUGAGCAUUAAUUGGACUCUAAUGUUACUGAUUACAUAAUAAGCUGGAACAGGAAUCAGUAUCUGUGGCUGCAAAUGUAGCCUAUUUUAUUUAAAUUACCUGCCAGUAAGUGGGUUUAGUCAUGAAUCUGUGGUCGUGACUAUUGUUUAUUUUUGCGCGCACAGAGUUUAGAUAAUAAGCAGUUGAGUUGCUUGUUUUAAAUUACAGGUUGGGUUUAGGCAAAUUGACCCAUUCUAUGUUUUGCUUGCCUGCAUCUCAAAUGGUGCAGUGUAACCGUAAACGCGGCGGGGCGGGCAAACAGGAAUAUCAGUGUUUUAUUUUUUUAAAUUUUUUUAUUUUAUUUUAUUUUUUUUAAACACAGGUUUUCUUUUUAAAGAUACCACAGUGAUGAUUUUUUUAUUUUGUUUGAUUGUUGUUGAAAGUUGAGAGGCUACUAAGUUUGUCCUCAGCUAGACUACACAGGCACAUACAUACACAAACACACCCCUUUAAAAGCGCGCGCGCGCGCACACACACACACACACACACACCCCCCCACACACACACACAAACACACACAAACAUACACGCGCGCGGGGUCCCUCUGUGAGCUCAAAAGAAGGAGGAAAAAAUGCGCCACUCUUGGAGCGUCUUUCUAGGGGGAAAAAGUUGAGGAAGACAGAAGAGGACGAACCAAGGGGAGACUCUGAUGAAAGCGCCUCCUUCGCCAUUUCUCCUCGCACUGUAAAUAGAUGGUUAUUUAUGCGCAUAAAUGAAACAAUCCUAAAAGGUAGCGCUGCGUCUCCUUUUUUUGGAUAACAUAGCCGUGGGGGAGCCACAUCCAUGCAACGCUCAUAUUUCCGGACAGAAACUUAGACUUCAACGGUACUGGACCCUGAAGUUGACUGAAUUUUCUGCUGUAAACACGACUGCUGGUGUCUGAGUGUGUCUGGACGGUGGAAUUUAACUCUUCACUACAGAAUAAACGACGGCUGGGCAAAUAAAACCCCACCGGUGUCUACAACUGAAGCGGUUUCCUCAAAUUGCCAUAAUGGACUCCCACUGCCGCAAACUGGCCACCACCUGCGCGCAAAUAGAAAAAGAAAAGAUCCAAAAUAAAAACGACGACUCCUCAGAUGACCCCUCUAAAAAGAAGCGGCAGCGGCGGCAGAGGACUCACUUCACCAGCCAACAGCUGCAGGAACUGGAGGCCACUUUCCAGCGGAAUCGCUACCCGGACAUGAGCACAAGGGAGGAGAUAGCCGUGUGGACCAACCUCACAGAGGCCCGGGUCAGGGUUUGGUUCAAGAACCGGCGAGCCAAGUGGAGGAAACGGGAAAGAAACCAACAAGCGGAGCUUUGCAAAAACGGCUUCGGCCCGCAGUUCAAUGGACUCAUGCAGCCCUACGACGACAUGUACCCCAGCUACACGUACAACAACUGGGCCGCCAAGGGCCUCACGUCGGCCUCCUUAUCUACCAAAAGCUUCCCCUUCUUCAACUCCAUGAAUGUCAACCCCUUGUCCUCGCAGACCAUGUUCUCGCCGCCCAACUCCAUAUCCUCCAUGACUUCCAGCAUGGUGCCAUCGGCGGUCACAGGCGUGCCGGGCUCCAGCCUCAACAGCCUCAAUAACUUGAACAACCUCAGCAACCCGUCUCUCAACUCGGGGGUGCCCACGCCGGCCUGCCCCUACGCGCCUCCGACCCCUCCUUAUGUGUACAGGGACACUUGUAACUCCAGCCUGGCCAGCCUGAGACUGAAAGCCAAGCAGCACUCGAGUUUUGGAUACGCCAGUGUGCAGAAUCCGGCGACUAAUCUGAGCGCUUGCCAAUACGCCGUGGACAGACCAGUCUAAUACCUACCUGCACUGCAAAAAAUAACCACCCUAACAAGUCAUUAGAGGCUGGUAGUGACGCUUUAAGUGUUAUUUUUCUCGCAAAAGGGGGGUAAGGAAAUCUGGCGAGGGGAUCAUUUUACCUUUUUUUUCAUGUGUUUAGGGAAAUUUCUUGAUCAACUGGCAUUUUCUUGGUACUAGCUGGAAUAUAUUCUGGCUUUUUCAUCAAGAUUUUGCCAUUGAACAUUCCCCCAAACGUUCAAGAAAAAAAAAAAAACUGAGAUUAUCCCCAUCGCGCCACGUGGGUAGAUUUAAUUUUCAUUUAUUUCAGGAAAAGAAAAUGUGAUUUGUAAUGUUGAUUACAAAGACUAAAUGGCUGGUUAUGGUGGUCAUUUUUUGCAGUGUGUGGGUAAUCACAAACAGCCGGCCACAGGAACAAGAGACUACUACAACUACUUUUUCAUUUUUCAAAAAAAAAAAAAAAAAAAGGGCACUAGAAGACUGAACCACUGAAACAAGCUCAACUCCAGGUCGGAGUGAAACUGAAAUGGGAGUUUUUAGGUUUAUUCCCCCCUUUGAUGAUGAUGACGAGUCCAGGCCUCUGCUUCACACUGCGCCACAGUACAGAAAAAAAACACAAAAACAAACAAAAAAACAACAACAACAACAACACAAGCCUGGUUCAUUCUCAUAGCUCGUCAUGAGGGUUUUUCCUGAUGGAUUUUGGACGUUAAUUGUUGACUGAAAAGGUUGUAUAUAUAUUUGAAUUAUCAUCUCCUGUUUGUCGAGGCGAAUGCGCUAUAACCCUCCAGUUCUCUCCAGGUUCAAUUUAUCAACGCAUGUGGAAAAAAAAAAAAGAGAAAACCCUAAAAAGGAAUCAUGUUUUGCUUGCAAACAAAAAGGGAAUGUACAUACUAAAACGCACCAGUUGUGUGUUUCUAACAUAUUAUAAAUUUAUUAUUAAUGUCUGUGUGAAUAUCGAUUUAGAAUAGCAAUUCUGGAUUUAAAAAAAAAAAAAAGAAGCAUCAAAAAUGUUCCUGCGACAAAUUAUUUGGUUUUUGCUCUGUGUAUACUAUUUGGUACGGAAUUAUGUUUUUUUUUUUUUUUCAACAUCCAAAAAAACUAUUGUGUUUUAUUUAAUGGAAGUAAAUAUAUUGUUCAAAAACA